CCUGUUGAUGAUUAGAGCCGCGGAGCGCCACAUGUAGACGGAGCUCUCCUCUCCAUCCCUCCUCCCCGGGCCUGAGGCUGCACAUUGGGCUACACGGACCCUCUCUCUGCCGCUCCCCCAGACGGACCUUCUAUCCAGCGCUACCCGGGCCCCACUGCUCUCCAGCGGACACACAAGGUCGACUUGCCUGAGAAACACUAUACGGGUGGAGACGGGGGACUAAGCUCUAUUAUUUAUUUUCGAGUUUUCCUCCAAUAGUUCCUCAAUAUCUGAUCAUUCAAAAGGGACUCAGGAUGCGUGAUUGAGGCUUCCUGGACUAUUUUUUCAUCACUAUUCCGUUGUGCAGGUUCUCCACUCUUCCAGAAACAUGGCGUUCCUCACCGGAAUAUCUUUACUAUGCUUCACAUAUUUAUUUGGCAGAGGACAAAGUGUUGCUCAGAUUUGCAGGGGGUCCCACUGCUUCCCAGAAGCUCAGGACUGGAGCCAACCGUGCGUUGGAGAGUACUGUUCGGGGGGGCAGGCAUCUACCCCGCGGCGACACGUCAGUCCGCCGGUACAAGCCAGGCCACCGCAGGUCUUCCCCGGGUACCAGCAGGUGAACGCUCAGACCCUCCACCGCCAGGUGCACAGCGCGCCGUCCAGGCCCUACACCGCGGGGUUCACACACCCGCGGGGGGAGGACACGGAGGGCACGAGGACCACCAACCCGCGGACCCUCACGGCGGAGGUGUUCCACCCGGACUGCCAUGGUGGGAAGUGCCAGAGCGGGAUCUCCUCCAGCAGGACGGAGGCGGCCACGCAGAGGGACUGUAAGGGCAUCGAGUGUAGACUCCCUAUGCGGCUGCGCCAGAAGCCCCCGCCGUGCGUCGGGCCCGGCUGCGGGCCCCCUGGGGCCGACACGGCAGGGAGAGUGAGCCCCUCGCCUGUGCACGUGACGGACCGGGCGGCGCAGUUCCUCGGCGACCUGGCAGACAGCGGCGGGACCCCCUCCUCCUCCUCCCCCUCCUCCCUGGGGGUCCAGCUGACGUGCGACAUGAAGCCAGGCACCAACGAGGUUCCUGAAGAUGCCCUGGUGCUCCAGCUUCGUCUCUCCAAGGGCCAGGAGGCGCUGAUCGAGGCCCUGCGGGGCCAGCAGGCCGAGGUGAAGGAGCUGCAGCGGCUGCUCACCGGCCAGCAGGGGGCGCUGGUCAGCCAGCAGCGAGACAUCCUGGAGCAACAGCGGAGGAUGUACGAGCAGAUGGACCACGUGAAGGCCCAGUACAGCGUUCUGCUGGAGAACAUCAAGCAGAUGUCCUUCCAGGACCUCCAGGGAGAGCUGGACCACUCGAGGGGCAGCCCGGUCCGGGCCCAUCACACACAGCAGGCCUUCGCCGUGCACAGGGCCGACAUGGAGGCCCAGGUCGUGCAGGUGGGGCGCCCCCUGCAGGCCUGUGGGACCUGUGGCCCUGAGGAGCACUGCAGCCUCAGCACCGGUCAUCCCGGCUGUGAGCGCUGCACCGUCUGCCCCGCCGGCUUCUUCAUGGUGGCCGAGUGCACCGUCCACGCUGACCGCAUCUGCCAGGACAGAGACGAAUGCCUUGAGGUAACAAACCAAUGUGGAGACUCACAAAAGUGUCUCAACACUCCAGGCGGCUUCAGAUGCCAGGGCAUGACAGAGCGCGAUGCCAACUCAGGGAUGUGCAGCCAUGGCUACUUCUUCAACAUCGACAUGGACGAGUGCCAGGCCUGCUCUGAGUGCGAGGGGGACCCCGUGGUGGCGCACUGCACCUUCACCACUGACACCGUGUGCUCCACCUCACCCUCUGGCGACGCCUCAUCCCCCCUCUCCCUCUCGCUCUCCUGGGCGGGUGAGGUGGACCUUCCCCCGGCGUCCCGGGGCCAGGCCUUGGGCCACAGCCUUCCCAUCGUGGCCCUGCAGAUCCAGGGCCGGGAGGACGGGGAGCUGGUGUCAGCGGAGGACGGCCGGCUGGUGCUGAUGCAGCACGGCCUGGUGUGGCUGGAUGAGAACCUGUCCCUGAGCCAUGGCUGUCGCAGCUUCGUCCAGGUGUGCCUGCAUCUCAACACCACGGACGACGGCUCCGAAGAGGGACGCGACCUCAGCGGUGUGCGUGUGGAGCAGCGGGAGGGCCGCUCGCUGCAAAGUGCAAGCAUCAGUGGAGUGGCGGUGGUUGCCCCCGGUUACCUCAUAUCCCUGUUCCUGAAGAGCGCCACACAACACUGUAACCAUAGCGACGGGCUGCAGCUGUACAACCCACCGGGCUCUCCCCUAAGUCUCCUCUGGCUGUCCCACGACACCGGAGCGGUCGCAAUGACAGCGCAGGCGGUGGCCUCAGCCCACUACCACACAAACUACCGCCCCGUGUUCAAGACCACCUUUGCCUCGGACCCCUACGUGCUGGGACUGACCCAUGACGGGCGGGGUGUGCGCUUCUCAGAGAGUGGCACCGUGCGCUUUGUCUUCCAGCAGGCGCUGUACUCCAUGGGCCAGGCCUGCGUCAACGAGGGCUUCCAUCUCUUGGCAUACCUGAACCACAAUGGCACCGGCGUGGAGCUGUCCCGCACCUUCAAACCAGGCGUCCACUACCGGGACACCUCCGUCUCACUGUCCGGGGCAGCCAGGGUUGACCAUGGGGACACACUGGCCUUUGAAGUGCUCUGCCCUGCCCAGUGCAACGUGCGCUACUUCGGCGACGGUACAGGCAUCAGCAUCCUUAGUCUGGUUUGGGUGCCUGCCGCCAUCUCCUCCUCACUGGCAGCGUCCGUGGCCCAAGCGGGCCUCCUGUCCGGGGCCGUCCGUAACAAACCCCUGUUCUUCCAGCAGACCUCGCCCCAGGUCCCCCAGAUGGCCAUGACGGUGAAGGGUCCCAGAGAGCAGAAACGAGACUUCGUCUUCAGGGAGAGUGGCACGGCAAGCAUGGCACUGGACCUUAAACUCAUCCACUCCUGCAGCCUGCUGAAGGUGACCUUGCUCCGGCGGGGCGACCAAGAGAAGCGAGGGGAGGGUGGGGGGGAGAGAGGUACGGUGGAGGGAGCGAAACCCGUCCUACUUAGCCAGCAGGUUGGGGGGCAGAUGCCCGAGGGCAGCCAUUGGGCCAGUGUGGCUCUACGGGCAUCCUUCCAGGUGCGGAACGGCACGGCAGUGUUCUUCACCUUGGACUGUGUGCGUGGGCGUGUCAACCAGAUCAGUCACCAGACAGGAAGUGGGGUAUCAAUCCUCUGGGUGGCUGUGUAGGAUUCUGGGCUAACUGAGAGGGUACCAAAUGUGUGUACCUCGGUUAAUGUUGUAUAUUUUUCAAGAACAUAUAUCCUGUUAUUAGUCAAUAUUACAUAAUUUCUUAAGGUCCGCCACGUUUAAUUCGUUUUUGUGAUAAAUGUAACUAUCAUAGACAUACUUUAUUAUAAAUGAACUCAUAUCUAAUUAUAACAGCAGAUAUAUUUAACUAUAUUUAGGUAUUUAUUUUACGUUACAUUUGUAAUAAUGACAUUUAUAUAAACUAAUAGCUUCCUGAUCUCUAUUAUCUGUAAUAACAUCAAUGGAAUGAAGGUUUUAGUCCAUGAGUAGUGUUUGUAGUGUUCCGAUGAUCUCCAUGUAAUUUGUCUGUUCUUUAUGUAGCUGGGCUUCUCUCUUCCUGCAGAGAGAAUGAACAUCCUGGUUGGAUUUUACGAGUGAGCAUGUGUUUCAAGUUAGCCCCUAUUUUGUAAUGCCCAUUACCACUGAAGGCCUUGUUUAAUGACCACUUUAUGCAUAUUUCCAACUUAAAGAACCCCCAUGUGUUGGACCAGAUCCCUGCCAUGUCAUCCGCCCAAUGGAAGGGAAAUGUUACAGUAAACAAGUGGUUGAACACAAACUCCGGCACAAGUUGAACAAUCCAAACUGUAAUGAAUUUUUUUUUUGGGAAUCCAAUAAAUUUGUUUUGCCAGA